UUCAUAACAAAACCGCGUGCACAUGUGUAUUCUUUACAAAUUGUUUCUCUCGUCGCGUUGAAAGUAUUCCAUAAUUUUGUAAAUUGGUUUGAUAAAUUUUUACUUUAAAAAAUACUAUCGUAAAAACCUGAAGGCAAUAGCACAAUGAGUGCUGGACAGUUCGAUGAUGCGUUGGAAGAUGUCACGGAGGCGUUAAACAUAAUCGAUCUCAAGAAGCCGGGAGUGGAAGUGAUAAUAGAAGAGGAUCGGUCGGCACCUGUUAAGGUGGAGGUAGCCAUAGCGGAUGCACUUUUUGGAAAUUCCCGGUACCGUUCCGAAGAGCAAUAUUCAGGAGAUGAAGACGACUACAACAGUGCAAGUGACGAUGAUCUCUAUUCCUACGAUGUGGACAACAUUCGGAAGAAUCAGGCCGCCAAUAUGCAGCAAUCGCAUGCUAAUGUCCAAAGUUCCAGUCAAAAGAUUUCCAACUUCCAACCGGCGGAUGCAUUGUUCAAGAAGUUUACAAACAAAAUCAGCGUGGAAAAGUAUGAAGGACCAACGGCCCUACCGAAUCAUAUUAAGAAUACUUUGACUGAAACUCAAAGGAAGGCAGACAGCGAGCGACUUAGGAGUAAGGACAAACAAGAUCGAGCCACAGCUGAACAGGUCAUGGAUCCUAGAACACGAAUGAUUCUCUUCAAGCUUUUGAACCGGGACAUGAUUUGCGAGAUAAACGGAUGCAUUUCAACGGGAAAAGAAGCUAACGUGUACCAUGCCACCGCGAAAGUUGGAAUGGACUACGCCAUAAAAAUAUUCAAAACAUCGAUUCUGAUCUUCAAGGAUCGAGACAAGUACGUAACGGGAGAAUAUCGAUUCCGCCAUGGCUACAGUAAACACAAUCCGCGAAAAAUGGUUCGAACUUGGGCCGAAAAGGAAAUGCGAAACCUGGUGCGAAUGAAGAAAUGCGGUUUGCCAGUGCCGGAACCGAUUCUACUUCGCAGUCAUGUGCUCGUGAUGGAGUUCAUCGGCAAAGAUGGAUGGCCUGCCCCAAAACUGAAAGAUGUCGAUUUGAGCAACUCGAAAGCGCGCGAGCUUUACCGGGAUGCUGUGGAAAUGAUGUGGGCCAUGUACAACAAAUGUAAACUGGUGCAUGCGGAUUUUUCCGAGUUUAAUUUGCUCUAUCACGAGGGCAAAAUAGUCAUCAUCGACGUAUCGCAAUCCGUGGAACACGAACAUCCGCAUGCAUUGGAGUUCCUUCGUAAAGAUUGCACCAAUAUAACGGAUUUCUUCCGGAAAAAAGACGUUUCUAUCAUGACAGUGAAAGAAUUAUUUGAUUUUAUCACCGAUCCUACCAUUACGGAAUCGAACAUGGAGGAAUGUCUUGAAAAAAUGUCGGAGAAGAUUUCCAAUCGCAGCUUCGAUGAGUUCACCGAGCAGCAGAAGAUGGAGGAGGAGGUUUUCAAGCAAAUAUUCAUUCCAAAAACAUUGCACGACGUGUACGACAUUGAGAAGGAUAUCUUCGAGAAGAAAAACAAGGACGAGUUGGUGUACAAAAAAAUAACAGGUUUGGAUGCCAAUUUGAAGGUAGCCGAGAAUCCGGAAAUUCUUCAUCAAGAAAAUAAUCAAGACCAAUCAAUUAAAGCAGAUAUGUCAUCACAAGAAGAAACUAGUGAGAGUGAGAACUCGGAUGAUGACGGAGAAAAUAACACUGAAAUAUCGAAAAAAUCAGCCGUCAUUCGGGACAAGAACGAAACAGCAGAAGAACGCAAAGCUCGUAAAAAAGCCAUCAAAGAUGAAAAAGCGGAAAAGCGAAAAACAAAAGUGAAAAAACACAUUAAAAAGCGAAAAGAAAAGCUGGGUGGUAAAAAAUAAAAGACAUGUGCUGUCGGUGAUAUGUUCAGGAAUUAAAACACGUUUAAGCUUUGUAUAUAAGUACAAAAAUUCUUUUCGGUCUUGUGAAGUCUGUCAUUGUA